CAAAAAAGAAACAAAACGGCCUCCAUGGUUCCGGGAUUGUAUUGAGCAUUUCUGCAGCUGUUGCCCUUCGCAUUGUGCGUUUUUUCACAUAUCUAGGACGUCGCAUUUCGGCAACAAGCCAUGCUAAGGCACUGUUUAGGCAUUCUGGUAGUGCUUGUGUUCUCGCUAGCGCUUUCGUCGUGCGAAGUCUUGCGAAAGAUCGAAGAGGAGAGCGAAAAUUGCGAAGCAUUCUGCUCGCAAACGUACCCUCUGCACACAUACCCUAAAGCUGAACACCUAGAAAGCUGCAAACGAGGUUGCAAACUGUUUGUCAUCGUUGGACAGAAUCCAGAACUCAGCGAUCUCAAUAUUACACACGCAAAGUGCAAUAAUGCUUGCGCAGAACUAUAUCCAGAGUCACCCCAAUACUAUGCUUGCUGCCUUGGCUGCAAGGAGCAGCUCAGUCAAGCAGAGACUAAAGCAAAGACCGAACAGCCAGUGCUCAUCCAUUCCCUGACCCCACUGCUGUUUGUCCAACAAGUCUACGAGCGUGUCGUGAGCCACAUGUGCCACUUUCUUCAGCGUACUUUCACAGCUGUGUAUCUCCAGCGCGAUACGGGAAAACUGGUGGUGGUCCGUGGCGAGCUGGAACCCAUUAAGUUGCCGGAUAUCGAUGAUGACCAAUCUGUCGAGGCUACUCCGCCCUGCCGAAGCUCGAGUGGCCGCUGCGACUCGGACACGUCGGACGGCAGGAGCGAGACCCUACAACAAGAAGCCUCGUUCCCAGGCUCCAGCUGGUUGGACUGCAUCUCUCGCCAGUCCGGACUGCCGCGGUGGCUCCUGGUCCUCGUGCUCUUCUUGGUUGUGGUCACGAUGGUGUGGCUGUGCUGUGCUACCAUGGUCACCUCACCAACAGCAUCUACGGCUCAACCGCAGCAGCCACCAUGCUACAGGAGCCAGAAAAUGGGUCUUAACAGCGACGUGGACUACCUUUUGCUCUACGACCCCUCGGAGCAGGUCAAGAUCCAACCACCGAAAGAUCACGAGGCACCACCCUUGCCUGUCAAGAUCCCUCUGGAUCAGAUCUAAGAUCUCAUGACGUACUCCUGAGAGCAUCUCAUCCGAUGCGUUGUCUUUGUUUCUUCUUUUUUUUUUUACUCUUUCAUUCUGAUGAUUUUUUUUCUUCUUUGCGUUUUGGGUUGGUUUAUAAAUCUGACUGAACCAGUGCAAAUUCUUGCUUAAUAAGUGCACGUGUGACGGCACACAUGCACUGGAACAGCCUGGGCUUUUUGGUGGUUGCGGGGAGAGGCUUUUGAGAUAUUUUGCCAAAUUUUGUACAUACCAGGAUAAAUUAGGGCGACAGAAUUUUAUGGUGUGUCCUGCUAGCUUGCACAGGAUUACGCCGUACACUUUAGCAAAAGCUCAUUGCAAAGAAAAGUUUCGCCAGAAACAUGUAGGUACUGUUAGCUCUGGUUGACAGUAUUGCAUGUCCCACAUGGGGGCUUGUGCAAAGACGGGCUUGUGUUUGUUAAGGUACAAGGCUGGGGAUUUGCAUAACAUUUGGCAACGUUUGUGCAUCCUUUGCUGCACGUCUGUGAUGCUAAGAAUGAUUGGGCUCUGCGCCGGUAUUAGCUCGUUGAAAUGGGAGACCAUGCACCUAGAUGUGUAGCACACAGUCUGCUUCAUUUCGUAGGUGCAGUCAAUCUAGUCGUAGAUAGUGCGGGGACCUGUUGAAUCUUGCCUUUCAAUAAAAAGAUAUUUAAUUUCA